UGGAAGUUCGAAGGUGAGUUCCUGCAGAACUGCUUUUGUGUUUACGGUAGCACUCGCUGUCUGUUGGUGUUUUGAUGGAAAAUUCCGCUUUCGGUCGUCGUAGACAAGUCACAACGCUCCACAAACUGUUCCGUUUCAAGGGUACCUAAAAUGAUUUUAUUUCCGGUAAUACUCACAUUAUACUCAGUUGAAUCGUCGGCAGAUCUGUGAUCUACCCCGGAAGAAAGCUUGGUCUCUGCCACACAUCUGUUUUGCUUGGGUUUUUUUCAGACCUCCAGUUAGACAUACCGGUAUGUUGAGCGUUUCUGUCACUGAUCAAACGUUAUCCAGCAGCGCUUGGGAUGGUCCCUUAUUUUUAGGAACUUGCUGAACACAAACAUAUCAGACCAUUUAGCAAGUUACGUGCUGAUCAUUGACUCCUUUGGAGUAAACAGGAGUGCCGUCAGAACACACGGUGGAGCCUUUGCCCAAAAAGAUCACGAGAUGUCGGACGCAAUCCGUACUUUUCAGUCCCAGCUGUCCGGUGUCAUGGAGACCGUGUUCAAAGCAGCCAUGUAUGAGAUCACCCGGCUGGUGGAGGACAGCUUCCUGGAGGAGGUAUCGCGGAGCAGAGAGCAAGUAGAGUCGCUGAAGCAGCGGCUGCAGUGGUCGGAGAACCGGCGCAGAGAGCGAGAGAGCGGCGGGCGGACGAGGUGCGUCGACUGCGGCAGAUUCGGGGUUUCCAGCGAGGAGACAGAGGUCCGACCCUCAGGAACACUGUCCGAUGUUGACGAGGGGCGUGGUCUGAAGCAGGAGAAGGUUCCGGAAGGGAGCUGGAGCAGCUGUCCGGGGGAAGGGUCGAACCCUGGACCUCCACAUGCCCAGGAGGCGGUGGCCACGCCCAGCCCCAUCGCAGCACCAUCAGGGUGCACCCCAACGGCGAGCGAUUUGGACGGAGACGGGCUGGACGCCAUGCUGAAGGAGGAGGCCCUGCAGACAGCGCCCCCUGCUGGUGGCCUGCAGGAGAGAUGGGCGGUGUGCUUGGAGGGGCAGGAGGGCCCCGAGGGGGGUGAGCAGGACGGGGAUUUUGGGGCGCAGCGGCUGCAUAUGUGCGAGGAGGAGUGGGGAUCGGAGGCGGGGCCGGAAGCGGGGCCUGGGCGCGAGGGAGGCGGGGAGGAGCUAGCCCACGCGUACGAGGCCCGGUACGGCAUGGAGGAGGAGCUGGGCGUGGCGCUGGAGGCGGAGUCUAAGGGAGAGUACAUGGCGGCGAUGCUGGGUGACCGUGGCCUGGAGGACACGUUGGCCUUCCCCCCCGAGCUGGAUCCCGCUAACGGCCCCGCCCACCCCCUCGUGCCGCGGGCGAGGAGGGCGGGGUUCCCCCUGCCGGUGGACGGCGACGCGGGCGAGCUGGACUGCCUCCUCAUUAACGAGGACGGCUUCCUGCAGGACGCGGACAGGCGCCAGCGCGGAGCCAGGCGGGGGCGGGGCAGGAGCCGGGCGGAGCUGCCUGUGCCGGACAUCGCCCAAGACCGCCACCGGGGGGAGCCCUUCGCCCUGCUGCCCCCCGCAGGGGCUGAGAGGCCGCACGGCUGCUCGCUCUGCCCAAUGAGCUUCCCCGAGCCGGCGGCGCUGAAGGCGCACCUGCAGGCCCACGGGGGGGCGCCCUACACCUGCACGCAGUGUGGAAAGGGCUUCACGCAGGCCUGCAACCUGAAGGUGCACCAGCGCGUCCACUCCGGCCAGGGCCUGCACCUGUGCAGCCACUGCGGCAAGGCCUUCGGCUCCUUCGCCGACCUCAAGCGCCACAAGUGCAGCCACGGCAGCGAGAAGCCGUACUGCUGCAGCCUGUGCGGGAACCGCUUCAGCCGCCUGUGGAACCUGAAGCUGCACCGGCGCAUCCACACGCAGGAGAAACCACACCGCUGCGCGCAGUGCGGCAAGAGCUUCACCCGCGCCGACAUCCUCAAAGUGCACCAGCGCACUCACACGGGAGAGAGACCGUACUGCUGCGCCGUCUGCGGGCUGAGCUUCAAGCGCCUGGACCACCUGAAGUCUCACCAGCGCAAGCACAGCUAGCAGCUUUAGCCUUCCUGCUGGUCCCUCACCCGCACCAGCUCACAGAAAAGUGUUUUAUCAGUGAAGAGCAAUGGUGCCCGUAUUGAGUACUGACUCAAAACUUACCUUUUUAUUUUACUGUUAUACCACAAGGAAUGAGUGUUGAUAUACUUUAUCAUGACAUUUGUGUUUUUUCUCUUAAAUGCCAACAUGCUUUUCCUUUGCUCUCAUCUUAGAAGUACUGUUUACUCUUCCUUUUAUAUAAAACAAUAACUGUUACUUUUCAAUAAAACAGUAGUUUCAUAAUUGUUUUUUUUCCCCCAGGUGCAUUCUUCUUACUUUAAUAUUUAAUGGGAUAUUCAUGAAAUUUGCGUUCCAUUAGUCUCCUGAUUAAAAAACAUUGUCUUCAACCUGA